AUGUGCCACGACGGCAAAGCCUUCGUCUGGGACGUCGCCACAGGCCGAGUCCGCGCCGAGCUCUCCUACUCUGAGCCCAUCACCACCGUCACAGCGCACCCCUUUCCGCAGCUCCACUUGGUCACGACCGCGUCUGCCGUCAGCACGCUCAAGACGUGGGAUAUCCGUACGGGCGCGUUGGUGGGGACGCAUACGGGGCAUACGGGGCAUAUGGGGGUGGUGAAUGGGUUGGCGGUGGCGCUUGCGCCUGGGGGAGAGGGAAAGGCGCUCGUCAGUGCGGGAGAUGAGGGUGUUAGUUUGAUUUGA